CUUUGGUUGUGACGCAGUCAGCAUUAAGAUGGAAUGCAACCAAUGAGAUGCUAGUAACUGCCUGCAGCUCCGCGAAUAAGCUCGUCGAUAUUAGUGUAGAAAUCCAUACUUUCUACCCUUCCCUCUUAGUUUUUCGGCAAAUACUACAGGCAAAAGUUGCUGGGUCAUUGAAUCGUGUGAAGUUCUUUGUACCGGGUGGAGUCGAACGGUCGGACUUCUACCGAUUAGUGGUUCGAGCUCAGGACGACAAUGAAUCUUUUGAAGAGAUAAUACCGGGUGCACCUGAUCUAAGGAAUAUUUAUUUACAGACUGAUAAAACCGUUUAUAAACCAACUGACGCUGUUAAACUACGGGCCUUGCCACUUACCACAAGCGGAAAGUUGUACGGUGGAUCACUGGAUUUUGCACUUGUGAAUCCAGAUGGUUUUGAACUGAUACAUAAAAUUAGGCCGACUUCUAACAAUCGAUUUCUUGCCGUAGAAUUUCAAUUACCACAUCACUUGGCUUUUGGAGAAUGGAAAAUUGUGGCACGACCAGAUCGCCAAAAACAGCAUAUCUAUUCAAUUACAUUUCAAGUUCAGAAAUACGAGCUAUCACAAUUUCGUGUUCAUGUCCUGGCCAGAGAAACUGACGAUCUUGAUUUAUAUGAAAUAGAUGUGCUGGCAAGAUAUGCUAAUGGCCGGCAAAUAUCGGGAAAAGUAUCGAUUUGGUGCGAUUGCGAUGCGAACAAUAACAAAUCAGUGAUAUCAUCCGAUUCUGGGAAAUCAUUUCUGUGCAUCCUGAAGUCGUCCAAGCCGGCAAUAGUAACAGUAGCAACACUGAGUACAAACAAAGCCGCCGUGUAA